ACAUUGCGACACCUCGCCUAUUAUGAAUCAUUGGAAUGGGUGCAAUGUUAAUACUGUAACCGCAGAUGCUCGUAACAGGUUAUUUAUUUUUUAAACAGUGCCGAAAUCAAACAGUUUGUUGACAUUAUUGUUGCCAUAGGAUCUUUCUAUAAUUAUAAAUUCAUAUCAUGAAUGCCAUACUUGACGUUUAUUUUAUAGAUACCAAGCCGAAAUUUAUGUAUUUAUUGUUUGGUAUGUCUAAACUCUGAGCAAGGACAGUGUUUUUUAAGUAUGAAUAAAUUAGUGAAAUGUCUGAUAGUAUAAUGUACUUUCAUAUUGUAUGUACAGUGUACACAGUAUAGAUUAAAGUUUUUUUUUCAUUGAUAAAUGUGUUUUGAAUAAUUGAAAAUGGCUGAUCCCGGAUUUCCAAGUCAACAUACUACAACUACUACAGUUACAAAUACAGAAAUUAUCUCAAACCUGAGAUAUGACAAUGCAUAUCUAUACACACUAGAAGGAAAAUUGAAAAUUGCUCAAAUUGUGUUUGUUUUAUUAAGUCUUAUCGCAGUGUCAUUCUCUACAUACAGUAUGUGGUAUCAAAACAGCGCUGUCACAUCAAUAUCAAUGUUUGGAUUUUGGUUUUCUUUAUUCAUGUUGGUAUUCUAUAUAUUUCAUGUAGUUGAAUGUUUUUAUAAAAUACCAUGGCUUAAAAUUGAGAUGAUUUUUGAUGUUUGUUGGCCAAUACUUUACCUUUUAUCAGCAUCCUCUGCAGCGGCUUAUACUGGUUUGCAUUUCAGCUACAUGAUAAGUUUGUUAUUUGGAUUUGCUGCAAUGUUUGCGUAUGGAUAUGAUGCUUUAUUGAAAUAUCAAGCAAUACAACGUGGAGAAAUUGCACAAGGAAAUAUAGCAGUUCAUAAACAAACAACCACAUCAACAGCAUCAUACUGAUAUACACAUAAAUUAUAUAGUAUUAAUCCGUUUUCUGUUUACUAAUAUCUAAAGUUCAUCACUAUCUACCAUAUUUAUUUAAUUAAUAUUAAUAUAUAAUAAUAUUUUUUAAUCAAACAUCACAAUCAUUUUUGUUAUACAUUAAUAUAAUAUAUUUUAAUAUUUUACUAAUAUAUUUUUUUGGUGACAUUUUAUACCUAUUUUUAAAAUUGUUAUUCCUAUGCCACGGCCGCUAUAAAAUAUCAUAUAAUUUUCCAAGAGCUGAUUAUUUGGUAUAUAGAUAAAAAAAAAAUAACUAUAUAUCAUUGUUUUAUUAAAUAACACAAUUGAUUAUUACACUAACCUCGAGAAAAGUAUAACAUAAUUACAUUUUAAUAAUUUCACUUUUUAUAAUAACUCAUAAAAAUGUCUUAUUGCAGGUUCUUACAGUAAACAACUACUUAAAUUGUUUUAUUUAAAAUCUUUAAAUAAUGUAGAAUUACAUUAUAACUUUACAAUUAAAUCUAUCAAAGUCUUACUUAAUAUAAAUACAUUAUAUGCUGGUUACUUUAGUUAAUCAGUAUGGUGAACACAUGCAAUAUUAAUGUUUUAUUUAAAUAUAUUCAUUUAGAUCAAAUUAAAUUGGAUGCAUAAAUUAUAAGUAAUUUAAAAAAAAAAUUUUUAUUAAGGUAAUAAUUUUCAAUUUAAAUAAUAGCUAUUGAAACCCCAAUAUUCUUAUAAUAUAGUAUCUAAUUAAUGUAUAAUAGUAAAAUAAAAUAUACAUCUAUUCAUUUGACUACUUUAUACCAAAUUAUCAGCUUUAUUAUUGAUCUUUUGUUAUUUCUUAAACUAAGAGGUUUUAUUAUUAUUAUAUUUUAAUUUGUUAAAAAUUGUUUAUAUAUUUUAUUUUAUUUGUUAUUAAAUCUUAAUGUAUUAAUGAUUUAAACUAUUUCCAAAAUGAAAUCCUUUACAAAAUAUGAAAAUCUUUGUUUGUUACUUAUUCAAAAAUCUAUAUUAAGUUUUAAAAUAAAUAUAUUUUUUUGUAUUUAAAAGUUAUGUAUUGUAAAUUAUUAUAUUAUUUUUAUCAAAA